AUGGCCGAAGCAGUCAAUCUUGAUCCUUUUCUGGAACCAAUCAACCUACCCUUCCCCGCAGUCACCAAACAAGCCGCCGGGAUCAUUAAUGGGAUCCCCACCGAUGUGAUGCUUGUCAAAUUCAGUGACCGGAUCUUGGUGACUAUCUCUCAAAAAGGUCGACUCGGCCACUGGCUGCACGUCCCCUUGGAGAACAAGAAUCCCGGUACAGAGGGUUUCCACAUCAUUCCCGAUUCUUCGGAUGACAGUCUUCUUCCGAUUAGCAACUUGACCGCUACGUCACUUCUGGGCGGUCGAGCUCCAGGCCAUGAGGUUGUUGGCCAGCUGUAUGCUCGGCAGAUCGCGAGUGCUAUUGUCACCAAGACGCCGGAUGAGAAGCGGCUGCUGGUCCUUGGACUUGGUCUCGAGACGGCCGACGCGGAUCGGGAUGUCUUCUUCGCGAUCAUUGAUCUGGUGCUUCAGUGCGUCUGA